UUACAUUACGCAUGACAAUAAUUUCAUUAUUGUUCGUUGAAAUUAUUAUAUGACGUCCGAAAGUUUGAUUUCUUUUUAUUUCUGUGCUACAACGAACUCGGGCUGAGGGUGCAUCUCGUAUGGGCUGGUGCAAAUUGUGCCAAUUCAUGUCUUUGCAGAUGUACGGGAUUUGGAAAUCGGGAUAACCGCUUCUCUGAUUGUUUGCAGGUGUGAAGACUAGAGGGGAGAGGAAUGAUUAAAAGGAGAUUUUACAAGCUUGAACACGGGGAUGGGGAUGCUCCCUCCCAGUCAUCCUCAUCUUCCUCCGGUUCUGAAAUAGAUGCAGCAUCAGCAGAAGAAGAAGAUGAAGAACAAGAAAGCCAUGAAGAACAUUAUGAUUAUGAUAGAAAAAGUAACUCAUUAGAUGAAAUGCGAAUGCAAAACUUAACAGGAUAUGAGAGUGAAGACAGCUCUGCGAAUGAAGGGAUUCUCGAUUCAUCAGGGCUCCCGGCAAAUGAUGAUGAUAGUGGAACUGUAACUUAUGGAGAAAGCAAAAGUAGAAUUAGCAACUUUGGUGGGGGUGUAUCAGACAGUAUUCAGCAUAAAACUAUGACUGAGAGCUACGUCCCUAAUGAAAAUUCAAUCCACAUCUUGAGACAUAAAUCUGUUUUCAAGUGCCGGAUAUGCCCUAGAGUCGUCCUUUUGUCAGAGGAGGCUUUAAAUGCUCAUCUGAAAUCCAAAAGACAUGCAAGAUCCGAGAAAUUACUGAAAGAAGGUAGGCUAAAGCUUAUGCUCAAUCAAGAUGGAAGAAUUGAUGGCCAAGAGGAAGAGGAUUCAUCAAGGAAAAAGGAAAAGAAAGUGCGCCUAAGAAAGGAGAAAAAACGUUUCAAGACGCAUGGGCGGCAGGGAAAGAGAUCACGAAAGGAAAAUGAAAUCUAUUCCAGCACGGCUAAUGCAAGAUCAAAGAACUUGUCCAAGAGAAAGCGGAUAAAUGACGACUGAAGUAUGUAAAUGUGGUUGCUUAGGUAUGUAACUCAUAUGAAGGAACCUCAUAUACACAACUCCACGAGUAAUGCCAUGUUAUCCAUUCUUAGGAAAAUAUCAUUUCAAGCUCUACCAGAAACCCUUCUUUCUCUAAAUAUAAUUUAUGUUUUGUACAUCUGUACCAGGGAUGGGAUUUUGUUUAACAUGUAGAACUUUUCAAUAUGAGAUUUUGUUGAGAGAUGUGGAAUUUGGAGGCUCUUACUGUUGAUUAGUAAAUGUUCUUCUACUCUUCCUCAA